AUUAUUUAUUUAUCUACAACAUUUUGUUUCUUUUAAACUUGUUAGUUCCUUUUUCCACUUUGUUGUUAUCUUUUCAGUGUGUCCCUUUGUACCUAAUUAUGGUCCUACUUAAGCAGCUCCCAAAAAUUUACUCUUCAUCUUCAAUCUCUAUUUCUUUUUCUUUUUUUGAGUGUAACAAUAAUCUUAUUACAAUCUCUCUUUAAGGUAGGUCUCCUCAAAGCAGGAAAUUGUGAAUGCCCUUGUACAGGAAGGCUUUUCUAUGGAUGUGGCACAGGAAUAUCUCCAACCACCAAUAUUUAUUUGAACUGCUACUAAAUUAUUGCUUCAACUCUUGCUUUUGCUGUGUAACUUAUGCCUUGCUUUAUUUGGUCUUCAUAAAUAAUUUUGUUGUUAAUUUCUUAUUUCAUGUUCAGUGGGUGGUAACUAACCUCCGACCAAAUGGUGUUCCUGGUUCAUCAUCAUCAAGUUUCUCAUGGGUGUUUGACCUCGAUGGAAUUGCAGAAAUGUACAGAUCUUAUGAAGAAACAAAUUUAUGGAAAUUUGUGGAAAAUCUACCUCGAGGUGUGCAUGUCAACUUUUUGAAGGCAGAAAGGAGUUUACACCGGUGGGCCCUUGAAGAUCUUCAGCGAAUACAUGCUGCUGAGGAGCUUGCUUCUGACGAAGGAGGUGGAGUUGAAAUGCACGUCCUUGAAGAUGCCGGGCACUGGGUACAUGCUGAUAACCCAGAUGGACUCUUCAGGAUUCUGUCGUCUUCUUUCCAAGGUCUGAAAACCUAAUGGUGCCUUCCCACAUUUGUUUAGACACUUGAACACGGAUGCUUAGGUUAGCAUAAAAAUUAUACUCGUAUAGUUAAAGUAGUGUGCAAUUUCAAAAAUUUUCAUCAUCCGUUUUUGUGGGUAUAAUUAUAUGAUGUAGAGUCGGUAUUAUUGUGAAUUUUUUUUAAAAAAGAUAGACAUUACGUUGUGCCAAACAUAUUUGUAUUUUUGCCAUUAAUUCCUUAGGCAAUCUUCCAAGCAGUGGUGCUUGUCAUGCACAACUGCACAAGCCGCUGUCAUUUAAAAUGAAGCUGUGAGUUUGUAACAUUGAUGUAAUGAUUCGAUUUACUAUCGAGUUGGCUCUCAAGCAUACAUCCUAGACGAUUUCAUUUAU